AUGUCGUCUGAACCAGUGCGGGCAGGUCAAGAGCAGACAUUGGCUAACGCGAAGGUUCGGCUUGCCGGUAUUGCCGGCGGCUUUGUACACCAUGAUACACCUAGUGGCGACUUCGGCCUCAUCGGCUUGGCUGUUAUGGGUCAGAACUUGAUCCUCAAUGGUGCAGACCACGGUUUCACCGUUGUUGCUUUCAACAGAACGGUCUCCAAGGUUGACAAUUUCCUUGCAAAUGAGGCUAAGGGAAAGUCUGUUGUUGGAGCUCACUCCAUCCAGGAACUCUGCGCUAAAUUGAAGCGCCCACGCCGAGUUAUGCUUCUUGUCAAGGCUGGCUCUGCUGUCGAUGACUUCAUUGAGGCUCUUCUCCCAUUCUUGGAGAAGGGUGAUAUCGUCGUCGAUGGUGGUAACUCACAUUUCCCCGAUUCCAACCGAAGAACACAGUACCUAGCUGGCAAGGGAAUUAGAUUCGUCGGAGCUGGUGUCUCCGGUGGUGAGGAGGGUGCCAGAACUGGUCCAUCUAUCAUGCCUGGUGGUAACGAGGAGGCCUGGCCUUACAUUAAGGAUAUCUUCCAGGGCAUCGCUGCCAAGAGUGACGGCGAGGCCUGUUGCGAAUGGGUUGGCGAUGAAGGUUCCGGCCAUUUCGUCAAGAUGGUUCACAACGGUAUUGAAUACGGUGAUAUGCAACUUAUCUGCGAGGCCUACGAUAUCUUGAAGCGUGGUCUUGGUUUAUCCAACAAGGAGAUUGGAGACGUUUUCACAGAAUGGAACAAGGGUGUCUUGGACUCCUUCUUGAUUGAGAUCACUAGGGAUAUCAUGUACUACAACGACCCUGCUGAUGGCAAGCCACUUUUGGACAAGAUUCUCGAUUCCGCCGGCCAGAAGGGUACCGGCAAGUGGACUGCCAUCAACGCUUUGGAUCUCGGCAUGCCAGUUACUUUGAUCGGUGAAGCUGUCUUUUCCCGCUGCCUCUCUGCCCAGAAGGCGGAGCGUGGCCGUGCUGCUGAGGUCCUCGAGGGACCCCAGAUCCCACCAUUCGCUGGUGACAAGAAGGCUUUCAUUGAUGAUCUUGAGCAGGCUCUCUAUGCUUCUAAGAUUAUCUCUUAUGCUCAGGGAUUCAUGUUGCUCCGUGAGGCCGCUAAGGAAUACAAGUGGAAGCUCGCCAUGCCAGAGAUCGCUCUCAUGUGGCGUGGAGGUUGCAUCAUCCGAUCCGUCUUCCUCAAGGACAUCACCAAGGCCUUCCGCACCAACCCAGAACUCGAGAACUUGCUCUUUGAUGACUUCUUCAACAAGGCUAUCCACAACGCUCAGGGUGGCUGGAGACGAAGCAUUAUCAGGGGUAUCGAGUUGGGAAUUGCCACUCCAUGCUUCUCGACUGCUCUGGCCUUCUUCGACGGAUACAGGAGCAAGGUUCUCCCAGCUAACUUGUUGCAGGCUCAGCGAGAUUACUUCGGUGCCCACACUUUCCGUGUCCUCCCAGAGCACGCUAGCGAGACCCUCAAGGAAGGUGCCGAUAUCCACGUCAACUGGACCGGCCGUGGCGGUAACGUCAGCGCUUCCACCUAUCUUGCUUAA